AUGUCCUCCAGCACUCCCACCGCCCAGACGCUGGAGAAGCGUUUCGUGGGCACCUGGUGGCAAGAUACCGUCGCGGUACUUCGCAAGGCCAACGAGGACCGAAAAUUGCCCGUCAACUUCGAUAAUGGCAGGGCCCUCCUGAAGGCCCAGCUGAUUGCUGUGCGGGGCUUGUACGAGAUGGAGUUCAAAUGGGAGGACCUGGAGCGCCUCUUUGACUUGGCCUCUGUCCUCGCCGACGCGGACAUGACGUACAUGGCCACGUACCUCGAGCAGCUGAUCGGCGUUGGCAAGGCCUCGUACAAGGCCAGAGGAGAUUACAUGACACACAUCUUCGAGUUUGCCAAGGGCUGCAAGGAUCUGAGUACCCUGCCAUCUGUCAAGAACAAGAAGGGCGAGACCGUCGGUCCGGUUUCCGCUGACGACCAGGGCCUCACCGGACCCGGCGCAGACGACCAAACUCAGCCGGACAAGAUGAGCAUAGACAUCCCGUCGCCGCUCCGAAAGCCCGAGGGCGCUCAGGCCGGCCCCAGCGGCGCCUGGUCUCAGGCUGCGCCGCGCCAGCCCUUCGACAGGACCGCCGGCGGCCAAGCCAAGCAGUUCUUUGGCUCGCAGAGCAAGAAAGACGACAAGUUGGUCCUUGAGAAGACAGUCGAGUUCGUAACGCUCGUCACCAAGCUCAUGCCGGAGGAGUUCGACGGAACCGAGAAUGCCCGUCAGGUUGCCCUCAUUGAGAAGUACAAGCCAGCCAUCGCCAAUCGCCUGACGGCCAUCGAUGAGCAGAGGGAAGAGCUUCAAGUCCAGUUGGACGAGCUGGGCAGGAACUUUGAGCAGGUCACCGAGGCCUUCAGUCAGCUGAAGGUGGACCAGGACAAGCUAGCCGACUUUCUUGGUCGCGCAGGACUUGAUGUUAGAACCUUUUGA